GGAAGGCUGUGUGACUGACACACCUCCCAGUCCUGUUAAGCUCAGCUAAACACUCUUCACAAUACAAAUCCCUGUGCACAGCAAGUCAGCAUGUUUGCACACACGGAGCUUUGCAGGCUGGAGAUUGUAGUCCUGUUCAGUCAAGAGCCACAAGCCCUGGUGAUUAUACAAAGUGGACAAGAACCACAUAGCCCAGCAUGACUUUCUACGCCUGCUUAUUUAUUCAGUGGUUACUGGGUGAACUGAAACGGUGACCGAUCGGAUGGUAAUCUUAAAUGCCUGGAAAACUGUAUUAUCAGCUCUUAUUUCAUCAUUUAGUUUAGAGGAAUAGUUUAGGAUUUUCUGUAGUUGCAUCAGCUGGUUUUGGACCAAGAAUCAUCUUUCUGCGAUUUCUGAUUUUGUCAACUCACAGGUAAAAAUUACUUUUUAUAUCCUGUUUAAGUUCAAUUUGUGUCUGUAAUGUGUGAACACAACUUGUACAUGCCCCAAUGAUCAUCACCAAGAUGUAGACGCUCUGUGUCAUCAGUUCAAUUUAACUUUUCUAAGGACUGCUAGUGGACAUGCAAUCGGGUGUGCCGGUCUGUGCGCCCACUGCGGCCGUGCUGAGCCUGUUUUGCCGAGGUUGUCUCAGCAGGGUGCGGAGUUUGCCUGGUCGCAGCUUCAGCUUUUUGCCCAGGCAGAUGAGCAGGUGGAACAGCCGGGAGACCUGCAGCCCCCCACCUCCUCAGGAAAACCCCCGUGUCCUCAUCACGGGUGGUCUUGGGCAGUUAGGUGUGGGACUGGCACAGAUACUGAGGAAACAGUACGGAAGAGAGAAUGUAAUCCUGUCAGACAUUAAGAAGCCUCCACCUCAUGUUUUCAGCAGUGGCCCAUUUGUUUACGCUGAUGUGCUGGACUACAAACUUCUCAGAGAACUGAUUGUAAAUAAUCGUAUCACUUGGCUGGUGCACUACAGCGCUCUGCUUAGUGCUGUGGGCGAGGCUAAUGUGGCUUUGGCACGCAAGAUUAACAUCACAGGCCUUCAUAACGUGCUGGACUUAGCAGUAGAGAACUGCCUGCGCCUCUUUGUCCCCAGCACCAUCGGAGCAUUUGGUCCCUCUUCUCCACGUGACCCGGCCCCUGACCUCUGUGUCCAAAGACCUCGAACCAUCUACGGUGUGUCCAAAGUGCAUGGAGAGCUGAUGGGGGAGUAUCUCCAUCAUAAAUAUGGUCUGGACUUCCGCUGCCUUCGUUACCCAGGUGUGAUAUCAGUCAACACAGCUCCUGGAGGAGGAACAACAGACUAUGCAGUUCAAAUCUUCCACGAUGCUCUCAGCACAGGUCACCAUGAGUGCUACCUGCGUCCCGACACCCGUCUUCCCAUGAUGCAUAUCUCUGACUGCCACCGUGCCACAGUAGAGUUCAUGCAGGCUCCAGAGUGCCAGCUGUCCCUGCGUACUUACAACAUUGCCGCAAUGAGCUUCACUCCAGAAGAGGUGGCCCAAGAAAUCCGCAAGCAUCUCCCUCACCUCAAGGUCACCUAUAACCCCGACUCUGUCCGCCAGACCAUUGCAGACAGCUGGCCCGUGAGGUUUGAUGACUCCAAUGCCAGGAGAGAUUGGGGCUGGGCACCAGCCUUUGGGCUUGAGGAGCUGGUGUCAGACAUGCUGCGCUUGAUUCGAGACAAGAGGACAAAUGAGGGUUUGCCAGUCAGCUAGCAAAACCUACUCCACAAAGACUGACCAAUGCCCUGCCCCUGACUUUUCUUCAGCCUGCAUUUACCAACGACACACUUCCUUUCACUUCACUUUCACAAGUUGUCAACCACUGUCCUCUGUUACUCUGUAACAUUUCAGCAAUGAGCCAGGGACUGUUUGUAAAGUAGGAAUUCUACGUCAGAACCUCUCAAUAUAUAGUGGACAGUGAGAUGUCAUACGCAUGCACUCAAAGACGCACAUUUCAGCCUUUCAGGGAAUCAAAUACUGCCAAACCUUCUCUUCAUCUUUGUUGUUUUUAAUUGUUAUCAUGGUAUAAGCAUCACAUUUACACAUGGGUAUGUUACCUCAGCUGGAACAGAAAAAUACUUAUUUCUUAAGCUUUAGAGAUUUCCAAAUGUCAUGUCAAUCACAUCCAUGGACACAACAGUCUGUUAGAAUGUCUAUUAAAAUGUCUAAUACAAUAUAGACCAGUUGCACAUUAAAGUAACAAAUCUUUUGUACACUUUGAUUUCAGGAUCAUCUGGAAUGGCAGGCUCAGUUGACUCUGGACUGUAAUGACUCAACAUGUAUUCUGGCUACCUUAAAGGGCAGUCUUUUGUAAUAUAGUCUAUCAAGUGAAAAUCACAGGAAUAACAGGAAGCCUUUAUUUUACUUUUUUGCCAACUGUGUGAUUUUGAAAUAAAGCCUUAUUUACUGUAGACUACUUUUGAAAACAAUGUAUAAAAAUGCAGUGUACUUGGAAUCAUACCUUGCAUAAUAAAAACAAACAGCAGA